AUGUCAAAUUUAUUAAAUUCACGUAAAGAUGAUGGUAGUGCAGGUGAUGUAAAUUAUGCAGAGAAAGUAUUUUUAAAUUAUAAUGUCUAUAGACAACCAGAACCAGAGAUAUCAAAUUUAAUCCAUAAAGCAUUUGGUGAAUCUAAAUCAAUUUUAAAUGUAGGAGCAGGGGCAGGAUCAUAUGAACCAAAACAAGGAGAAAAUGGAUACACAAUUACUGCAGUGGAACCAUCAGCAUCAAUGAGAGAAUUACGUCCAAAAGAAUUUUCUGUUGCAAUUGAUGCCUUUGUCGAGAAUUUACCAUUCAACAACAACCAAUUCGAAGCAUCAAUGUCAACAUUCUCAAUUCAUCAAUGGUCAAAUAUUGAAGCAGGUUUAAAAGAGAUGAGACGUGUAACAAAAAAUCAAGUUAUACUAUUAACAUGUGAUCCAAAAUUAGUUCAAGACUUUUGGUUAAAUGAAUAUGCACCAGGUGUAUUAGGUGCUGAAGCAAAAAGGUAUCCAACAAUUGAGAAAAUUAGUGAAUUCUUAGGAGGAGAAAUUGAAGUCAUUUCAAUACCUCUACCAUUAUUAUGUAAAGAUGGUUUCAAUGAAGCUUACUAUGGUAGACCUGAAAUGUUUUUAAAUCCAAGUGCUCGUGGUUCAUGUUCUGCAUGGACAUUUGUUGAUGAACCAACUCGUCAAUCUUAUUUAAAUCAUCUUAAAAAUGAUUUAGAAUCUGGUGAAUGGGAUAAAAAAUAUUCAAAUCUUCGUACUCAAUCUCAUUAUAAUGGUUCUUUAAUUUUAAUUAUUUCAAGACCACCACCAUCUCAAUCUCAAUCAUUAAAGAAUUAA